CCCUCUGCAUCUUCAAACGAACGCACACAUAACUCUCUGUUUGUGAAAAACGCACACCACCUUGUGUUCAGUUUCCAAUUGAGUGCCAUGGCAGCACCAACACCCCUUUUGAAAGAUGAGCUCGACAUCGUCAUCCCCACCAUCAGGAACCUCGAUUUCUUGGAGAUGUGGAGGCCAUUCUUUCAGCCUUACCAUCUCAUUAUUGUGCAAGAUGGUGACCCUUCAAAGACCAUCAAGGUUCCUCAAGGCUUUGACUAUGAGCUCUACAACCGCAAUGACAUCAAUAGGAUUCUAGGUCCCAAGGCCAAUUGUAUCUCGUUCAAGGACUCUGCAUGCCGUUGCUUUGGCUACAUGGUCUCCAAGAAGAAAUACAUCUACACCAUUGAUGAUGACUGCUUUGUUGCCACCAAUCCAUCUGGACAACAGAUUAAUGCACUUGAGCAGCAUAUAAAAAAUCUUCUCUGUCCAUCCACACCUUUCUUUUUCAACACUCUCUAUGAACCUUACCGAGAAGGUGCAGAUUUUGUUCGCGGUUACCCCUUCAGUCUCCGGGAAGGUGUGCCAACUGCAGUUUCUCACGGUCUUUGGCUCAACAUCCCAGACUACGAUGCUCCUACUCAGCUUGUGAAGCCUCUUGAGAGGAACACUAGGUACGUGGAUGCUAUUAUGACCAUACCAAAGGGCACUUUGUUUCCCAUGUGUGGAAUGAACCUGGCCUUUGAUCGCGAUCUCAUAGGACCAGCAAUGUACUUUGGUCUGAUGGGUGAUGGUCAGCCUAUUGGACGCUACGAUGACAUGUGGGCUGGUUGGUGCUGCAAGGUAAUCUGUGAUCACUUAGGAUUGGGAAUCAAGACUGGUUUGCCUUAUAUCUAUCACAGCAAGGCCAGCAACCCAUUUGUGAACCUGAGGAAAGAGUACAAAGGCAUAUUCUGGCAAGAAGACAUUAUCCCAUUCUUCCAGAGCAUUGUUCUGCCAAAAGAAGCUACCACUGUUCAGAAGUGCUACCUUGUACUUGCCAAGCAAGUCAAGGAAAAGCUUUCCAAGAUAGAUCCUUACUUUGACAAGUUGGCAGAUGCCAUGGUCACUUGGAUUGAAGCUUGGGAUGAACUUAACCCUGCUGGAGCAUCACUGGCCAAUGGCAAAAAAUGAAUCAGCUUUGGUUAACUACAUAACAGCCACAAAACUUGCAACUCAAAUUAAUUAUACUGUAUUAUUUUGUCUAGUAUGUAUUUUCAACUUAGCCGUUAUUCUCCUCUUGAAAUUUGCAGCACUAUUAGCUGUAACUCUAUUAGAAGAAAUAAGAAGCACAUGUUAUAGGGUGUUGUUUUCUUUUGAUUCUUGUUUGAUGGUUAGAGAUCAGAUGGCAGCUUUUCGUUACAUUUGAAAUAAUAGGAUAGAUAUUGAUGUAUACCUUGUUUAAUACUGAGUAUAGAUUCCAUAGUGAUCAAUUUUUAACCGAUGAGAUCAGA